AUGGCUCACAGGGAUGAAGCCUCGCCAAAGGCCAGUACAACCAUGGGUCCAGCCAUAUCGGCCAAGGAGUCACACAGCCAGCAUAUCGACGAUGCCGACGUUGUCAAGACUGCCCAUCUUGAUGGUACGGUCGAUCUCGUAGACCGAAGAGCCAUGGGUGGCGCUUUGGAAGAAAUGCCCAAGGGCUAUUUCUUGAGUAUUCACUUUAUUGGGACCGUCAUGGCUUGUUGUCUCGGUAGCAUUUGUGCAUACCUAGGAUGGGUUCUUCCAGCAAAUACACUGUUGCUCAUCAACGAAGCCAUUGGCCCUUCUCCCAACAUCAACUGGGUCGCCACCGCCUGGACACUAGGAUCCGGUGUUGGCUUCCUCCUCUUCGGCCGUCUGAGUGAUAUCUUCGGACGGAAAUGGUUAACGCUCGGAACCAACGUCCUCUCCCUAAUUGGAUGUAUCGUCGGAGCCACCGCCAACAGUGUGGAAGCCCUCAUCGGUGCCAACGUGUGCAAUGGCAUCGCCGCCGCCGGUCAACUCUCCUUCAGCAUCAUCCUGGGUGAACUGGUACCCAAUAAAUACAGAGGUCCGACUGUCGUUCUGGUGUUUCUGUCGUCAUUGCCCUUUGCCGUCUUUGGUCCUGCCAUUGCUCGCCUCUUCAUCCUCAACACGGCGGCAGGUUGGCGCUGGAGUUACUAUCUCGGCAUCAUCUUUGCUGGCAUCACCGUCAUCUUGUUCAUGUUCCUCUACCACCCUCCCAAGUAUACCCAACUUCACGUGCACGGCAAAUCUCAAUGGCAACAAUUCCGCGAACUCGACUUUGGCGGUCUCUUUCUCUUCUUGGCUGGUAUUGUCCUGUUCUUGAUCGGUCUGUCCUGGGGAGGUCAAGCGUAUCCGUGGUCUGAUGCUAAAGUCAUCUCCACCAUCGUCGUGGGCGCGGUGACAUUGAUUGCGUUUGGGUUUUAUGAACAAUACGUCGUCAAAGGCAAGGGAAUCAUGCCACCGAGGAUCUUCAAGAACAUCGGAUUCAUCGCACUCGUGUUCUGUGCUGUGAUUGGAUCUAUGGUUUAUUACUCGAUGACGAUCCUAUGGCCCACCAUCCUCGGAACCGUGUUCACCACAGACAUUAUGAAAAUCGGCUGGCAAUCCUCCGUGGUCGGCGGUGGAGUGCUACUCGGCCAAACCAUGGGUGGUCUGGGCAUCUCAUAUCUCCCCAAGGUCAAGUGGCAGACCAUCAUUGCAUCGGUCUGUUCAUGCGCAUUUGUGGCAUCCUUGGCUUCGAUACACGCCGAUGGACACGCACAAAUCAUCGUGCUAGGUAUCUUCGCCACCGUCAGCAUCGGCUACGUCGAAAACAUCACUUUCCCAGGCGUAACACUCCUAUUCGAAGCCCAGGACAUCGGUCUAGCCGUCGGCGUCCUCGGCUCCAUCCGCGCCAUGGGUGGAGCGGUCGCUCAAGCCCUCUACGUCUCCAUCCUCACGACUCGAGUCUCGGAGAACCUACCUGCCUAUGUCGGUCCUGCGGCCAUUGAUGCCGGUCUGCCUGAAUCGUCUCUACCUGCAUUGUUCGCCGCCUUGUCAGUGGGAGAUUUCAGCACCGUCGUGGGUAUCACGCCUGAGAUCAUUGCUGUGGCAGCUAGCGAGAUGCGUCGUGCUUAUAUCGACAGCUUCAAGAUUGUUUUCUACGCCACCAUCCCAUUCGGCGUGCUUUUGAUUGUGUUUGCCUUCUUUGUGCCCAAUAUGGACAACUUCUUGCAUAAGAAGGUCGCCCGUAAACUCCAGCAUCGCAAUCAAGAUGAUCAUGUCGUGUCGAAUGAGAAGUCGGUCGGCGAGCAUGCGGUUUGA